CCUUCCAUGGCCUGUGCGCGUGCGUGCGUCGGGGCCGCGCCUUGGCUUUUUCUGAGACGCCGGUCGGCUGGCGGCGUGUAAAGGGCCGGGUGUGGCCACGACUUUCUGGCUGUGGUGCGACUACCCACGCCGGCUUCCUCCGCCCGCGACGCCCGCGGCCCCCGCGGGUCCUGGCGGAACCGGCGCCCGGCUGUGACUGAACGGAGCCCCUGCUGCGAGCGGUGCCCGCAGGUACCUGAUUAUUGGCUGAAGCUCCUGGAAUUUUUCUCUUAUUGAGAUAGAACUUGGCUGAAAUCACAUUGCACAUAUAUUGUACACAAAUGCUUAGCCCAAGCCCAAAAAUUACUAGAAUCCUCCAGUUAGACAAAUUCAAACUACAGUGGGAGUUCUGUCUAGGAAGAUGCAGCCUCUGAACAAGUUGAUGGCUAUCUCAAAACCUCAAAACCUGAUUCAACGUGAACAAAGUGAAGUCCUGAAAGCAGAAGUGUCCUGGCAGCAGGAAUCCAUUCCAGUCAUGGAAACAUACAACUCUGAGGCCUCUCGUCAAAAGUUCAGACAUUUCCAGUAUUUGGCAGUGUCUGGGCCUCAUGAAGCCCUGAGUCAACUCUGGGAGCUCUGUCUUCAGUGGCUGAGACCAGACGUUCAUACAAAGCAGCAGAUCCUAGAGCUGUUGGUGCUAGAACAGUUUCUGACAAUUCUCCCUGAAGACCUCAGGACUUGGGUGAAUUUACAGCAUCCAAAGAACAGCAAAGAAGUGGUGUCCCUCAUAGAGGAAGUGAUUGAAAUGCUUAAAGAUGAAGAGCUAUCCUGCAAGGAUUCUGUCCUCCAGAAGGGGAGCAUCAAGGAGAAAAUGGAAUAUGACUCACUAACUGGCGAUUCCCAGGAACCAAUAACAUUCAAAGAUGUGAUUGUGGAAUUCAACGAGGAAGAGUGGGGACAACUGGACCCUGCUAUAAAGACUCUGCACAGGGAUGUGAUGCUGGAGAACUAUAGGAACCUGAAUUCGUUGUAUCAAGAACAUCUAUUUUCCAAGCCAGUUGAGAUCUCCAAGUUGGAGAGUAAUGAAAGAAGAUGGACAGUGGAGCACAAAAUCCCAAGCACAUCUGUUUUGGACAGAGAGAGAAUUUCAGAAAACCAAGAUUCAAUUCCAAAGCAGAGAAUUAAUGGAAAAAAAUCCUCUCCUGGAGUGAAUAUGACAAGACUGACCAAAAGUAGAUCCCCUUCUUUAGAUGCUUGGAUGAGUGAUGAUUGGUUAUAUAGGAACCAGGAACACUGGGACAUAAAUUUGCCAGAAGAAGCUUUUGUUCAUAAAACAGUCUACACUGAGGUUUUCCUCUCUCUACUGGUUGGAGAACCGUGAAAACUGUAGUGAUGGCAGUGGACUACAAGUGUAAUCCAGUAUUAGGAGUGGAAUCCUGGGCCACCCAUCUACCUCCAGUUAGAGAGAAAUAAACUUCAGUUAUGUAGAAGCUCCGUGUUUUGUUGUUUUGUUUCUUUUGUACCACAGGUUGGCCUGUGCCUUAGUUAAAAUGCUCACCAAAUCUUUCAGACUCAAACAAACAAACAAACAAACAAACAAAACCUUUCAGACUCUUCCUUGUAUCUAUCUGCAUAUAUGCCUACUGGUACUAUAUUUAUGUUUUUGGUUACUGUCUUCUCUCUUACAUUACUUCACCUAGUCUCUCUGCCUUGAAAUUCUGUAAAAUGCAGGCAGAGGAUCUUUUUGAAAUACAAAUUUUGAUUAUUGCACACAAAUGCUUUAAACUUUCAAAGACUCCCCAUAAACUUUUAAGUGAAAUCUAAACUCUGAAACAGCUUGUCUUGCAUGAAAGUUCUAAUGUUCUCUUGCACUGCAACCUUUGAAUUCCAUGUCAGUCAUGCAGCAGCUUCCAGGUUCCCAUCUAUCCAUCUACCAUGUGUGCUUAGCUCAUAUCCAUAUGAUAUUUCCUAUUCAUGGAGACCUCUUUCCCUUCAUCUAGCUAAUUUUCACUCCUUCAAGUAGAAAGAGUUCUUUCUCUAGAAAGCCACCUCUGACAAGACUGAGAAAAUCUAUGUACUAAAUUCCACAUACUUAGACGUUUACAACACUUACAGGAAUUAUUUACUGGACCAUAUCCCCUAACUACUUAGUAUGCUUGGGGGGACAAGUAGUCUGUAAAAAGUAGCAUACUGUAUGCUGGCAACAAAUGGUAUUGAAUGUGAGUAGGAAAUAGACCUGACCACUUGUUUUUUACACCUCAUUGAAAAACAAUGUAACCAAAGACAUAUUAAAUAUAUAUUUUGAGAGAGUGUGCAUGAGCAAGGGUAAGGCGCAAAGGGUGAGAGAGAAUCCCAAGCCUAUUGCACAGAGCGUGGAGACCUAGGAGGGACUUGAUCUCACAACCCUGAGAUCAUGACCUGAGCCAAAAUUAAGAAUCUCAUGCUAUCAGACAACAAAGAGAAAUAAAAGGUAUCCAAAUAGGCAAUGAAGAAGUCAAACUCUCUCUCUUCACAGAUGACAUGAUUCUUUAUAUGGAAAACCCAAAAGACUCCACCCCCAAACUACUAGAACUCAUACAGCAAUUCAGCAACGUGGCAGAAUACAAAGUCAAUGUACAGAAGUCAGUGGCUUUAUUAUACACUAACAAUGAAAAUAUAGAAAGGGAAAUUAGAGAAUUGAUUCCAUUUAUGAUAGCACCAAGAACCAUAAGAUACCUGGGAAUAGACCUUACCAAAGAGGUAAAAGAACUGUACUCAAGGAACUACAGAACACUCAUGAAAGAAAUUGAAGAAGAUACAAAAAGAUGGAAGACCAUUCCAUGCUCUUGGAUCAGAAGAAUAAACAUUGUUAAAAUGUCUAUACUACCUAGAGCAAUCUAUACUUUUAAUGCCAUUCUGAUCAAAAUUCCACCGGUAUUUUUCAAAGAGCUGGAGCAAAUAAUCCUAAAAUUUGUAUGGAAUCAGAAGAGACCCCGAAUUGCUAAGGAAAUGUUGUAAAAUAAAACAAAACAAAACAAAAAAAAACUGGCAGCAUCACAUUAACUGAUUUCAAGCUUUACUACAAAGCUGUGAUCACCAAGACAGCAUGGUACUGGCAUCAAAACAGACACAUAGACCAGUGGAACAGAGUAGAGAGUCCAGAUAUGGACCCUCAACUCUAUGAUUAAAUAAUCGACAAAACAGGAAAAAAUAUACAGUGGAAAAAAGACAGUCUCUUCAAUAAAUGGUGCUGGGAAAACUGGACAGCUAUAUGUAGAAGAAUGAAACUCAAUCAUUCUCUUACACCAUACAUAAAGAUAAACUCAAAAUGGAUAAAAGACCUCAAGAUGAGACAGGAAUCCAUCGGAAUCCUAGAGGAGAAUAUAGGCAGUAAUCUCUUUGAUAUCAGCCACAGCAACUUCUUUCAAGAUAUGUCUCCAAAGUCAAAGGAAACAAAAGUGAAGAUGAACUUUUGGGACUUCAAGAUCAAAAGUUUCUGCACAAACAAACAGUCAACAAAACAAAGGGGCAACCCACAGAAUGGGAGAAGAUACUUGCAAAUGACAGUACAGAAAAAAGGUUGAUAUCCAGGAUCUAUAAUGAACUCCUCAAACUCAACACACAAAACAGAUAAUCAUGUCAAAAAAUGGGCAGAAGAUAUGAACAGACACUUCUCCAAUGAAGACAUACAAAUGGCUAUCAGACACAUGAAAAAAUGUUCAUCAUCACUAGCCAUCAGGGAGAUUCAAAUUAAAACCACAUUGAGAUACCACCUUAUACCAGUUAAAAUGGACAAAAUUAGCAAGACAGGAAACAUGUGUUGGAGAGGAUGUGGAGAAUGGGGAACCCUCUUACACUAUUGGUGGGAAUGCAAGUUGGUGCAGCCACUUUGGAAAACAGUGUGGAGAUUCCUCAAGAAAUUAAAUUAGAGCUUCCCUAUGACCCUGCCAUUGCACUACUGGGUAUUUACCCCAAAGAUACAGAUGUAGUGAAAAGAAGGGCCAUCUGUACCUCGAUGUUCAUAGCAGCAAUGGCCACGGUCGCCAAACUGUGGAAAGAACCAAGAUGCCCUUCAACGGAUGAAUGGAUAAGAAGAUGUGGUCCAAAUACACUAUGGAGUAUUAUGCCUCCAUCAGAAAGGACAAAUACCCAACAUUUGUAGCAACAUGGAUGGGACUGGAAGAGAUUAUGCUGAGUGAAAUAAGUCAAGCAGAGAGAGUCAAUUAUCAUAUGGUUUCACUUAUUUAUGGAGCAUAACAAAUAGCAUGGAGGACAAGGGGAGAUGGAGAGGAGAAGGGAGUUGAGGAAAAUUGGAAGAGGAGGUGAAUCAUGAGAGACUAUGGACUCUGAAAAACAAUCUGAGGG